AUGUGCCAUGUGCCAGAUGUAGCCUCAAAAGGGACCAGAAGUCCGCCCCGUCAGGAAGUUGAUGUGGUACAACGACGAAAACGUGUUCUGGAGGGUGAAGAGCGGAAACAUCUCACCUUACAACUACUGAGUUGCAACACCUUGUACUAUUACAACAGUUGGCAGCAGCGAGGUUGCAAGGGGACACAGACAAAUGUGUAUGGCAAGGACACAUACCCGCAAUCUUCCAUAAAGUACCUAGGAGUGUGCUUAGAUAGCAAGCCGACCUUUAAAGAUCACUUCAACAAGACUGCAUCUAAAGACAAAAAUAUAGUUUCGACACUGUCCAGAUUAAUUCCCAAUACAAAAGGCCCUAAAUCGAGCAAAAGGAGGACUAUCAGCAGAGUAGAACAGUCUGUGAUACUGUACGCGGUUCUAGUGUGGUGCGAUGCUAUGGAUGCUGGUAGAACUCGGCAGCGACCAAAUGCAGUGAUAAUGAAAGUGGCACUGAGGGUUUGUAGUGCUUAUAGGUCGCCGUAG